CCAUCUCUUUCCUUGAUCACUGUAGUUUUGAUAAUGAAUCUUCGUGUCAGAUGAGCGUCUGUUCUGCUGCUGAUUAUGGCUGGAAGAGAAUGAUGUCAGUGAGUGGCAUCAAUGUGUCUGACCACACAUUGGGCAAAGAACAAAAUGGGACGUCUUUCUUUAUGCACUUCAGCACUGAGGGUAGAAACAAGGGGGACACAGCCAGAAUAGAGAGCAAAAUAAUGAGUCCUAAAAGAGACUGCAAAGUCCAGUGCCUGCAGUUCUACUACUAUCACAGUGGUCAUGAGUCUGACCAGCUCAACAUCUGGAUCCGAGAGUACCAGAAUGAAGCAGACAGCAGAGGAACUCUCAGAAUUAUGGAUCAGAUCACAGGACCCCCUGGUAAUUACUGGAAGCUGCAUCAUGUGCCACUGAAUGCAAAUAAAACCUUCCAAGUUGUAUUUGAAGCCCGUAAAGGAGCUGGAAACUCCAGUGGAGGAUUUUCACUGGAUGAUAUCAAUAUUUCAGAGACUGAGUGUCCCCACACAUGGCAGAUAAGAGACUUUAAGAAUGUUUUGAACAACAGUGUGUCUGACACUGUGAUGUACAGUCCAUUGUAUUACUCCAGUGAGGGUUAUCGCUUUCAGGCUGGCUUAGAGGUGUAUGAGAAUUACUUUUUAAUAAAUGUUCGUCUGGUAUCUGGUGCAUAUGAUGAACAGUUGCAGUGGCCUUGUCCAUGGAGACAAAUAACUAUCCAGAUGCUUGACCAGAAUCCACACAUACAGAAGCGCAUGUCCUCUGAGAAAAGCAUCACCACUGACCCUGCUUUGGCUUCUUCCAAUGCCAGUUAUUACUGGGACAGUCCUCGAAAAGGUGGAAAUCAAGUCGUCAUCGGCAAUGAGUCUGUGUUUGUGGGUAAUUGGACCCCUUCAUAUUAUGUAAUAAGAGAUGAUCUCACUAGAAGAGAGUUUAUCAAGGGUGGUGACAUCAUAUUUCUCUUCAGCAUGCAAGAUAUCUCAGGGCUUCUUCAGAAUCAGUCUCUAUCCUGCCCUAAAGUGACAGCGAAAAACUUCAACGUUACUGCUGAUGUGAGUGCCCAACAGGGACCAUGUGCUCCACGACCUCAGAUAACCUCUACAACAGCAACAACUACAACAAGAACCACAACCAAAUCAGGAACCACUGAGGGGGCCAAGACGGCUUCUGCUCUGAUCAUCUCAGUGGUUUGUUUUCUUUUGGUAGUGUAGGUAGGUUCUUUUGGUAGGUUAAUCAUGAGAAAUUUCAGCCCUAUAUGUGUGACUACAUAAGAGUUCACAAGAACGACAUCUUUGUUCAGUUUUUUUUUUCCUGUAUAUGAUCAUUAAAUGUGUACUGUUUAUUUAAAAAAGCUGCACAGAUUAUGUUUAUACUCAUUUAUCAACAGUCAAUGUUAAUCUUAGUGUUAAUCACAGUGCUUGCUAAUUUAUUGUCAAGUUCAUUCAGAAUGUAUGAUUUUCACAUUCUUAACAGAAGUUAAGGUAAAUAUUUGAGUUAUCUAAGGGUUUUUUUUCAUCUAAUAAAACACUGCAUUAAUGCUAUUGGUUUUAAAAUAUUAAUGUAACCUUGAAAUGUUAAAAUGAUUAUUAAAAGAAAUCUGCACACUCAGGUUUGGCCUGCAACAUUUUAGUGGCAUAGUGAGACAUGAUGGUGCUUCCACUA